AUGGAGGUGGCCACGUUCAAGUUGGAGCGGUGGUUCGCGAGCAGCGACAGCGAGACCCUCUCCGUGCGGGAGCUGCUCGCACUCGAUGCCGAACCCGAAACGCUGGGCUUGCCCGCGUUGAGAGCAGCCGUGGCGGAGAUGUACGAGAAGGUGUGCGCAGACGACGUGUUCGUGGCCGCCGGUGCCGAGGAGGCCAUUUUCCUCUUCUUCACCGCUGUGCUGCGACGUGGGCAGGCCGUCGUGGUCCACUACCCCGCCUACCAGUCGCUCUUCCAGCUGGCGGAGGCUGCGGGUUGCGAGGUGAUCAAGUGGCAAACGACACAGGAGGGCAACUGGGAGCUCGAUCUGGAGUUCCUGGAGAACACUUUGCAGCAGCGCAAUGGAGAUGGCGCUGAUCCUCAGCACAAGGUGGCUGGUAUCGUGGUCAAUUGCCCACACAACCCCACCGGCUACUGCAUGGACAGAGCCAAGCAGAGCCGACUGGUCGAACUCGCGCGUCAGUACGACGUGUUCAUCUUCUCCGAUGAAGUCUACCGCUACCUCAGCCACCCCCGACCCUCCAGCGAGUUGAAGAGCGAUGAUGUCUCUCCCAUGUGCGACCUCUACGACAAGGCUGUGUCGCUCGGGGUAAUGUCCAAGUCCUUCGGAAUGGCCGGAUUGCGCAUCGGCUGGGUGGCGACGCGCUGGCAAGAAGCCAGGGCCGCGAUGGCGCAGCUGAAGGACUACACCUCGAUCUGCAGCAGCGGCACCAGCGAGUACCUCAGUGUGGUGGCUCUACGCAACAAGGAGAAGGUCCUGGAGCGCACCGUCGGCAUCGCUCAGCGCAAUCUCGCUCUCCUCGACGUCUUCUUCACCGAGUUCCCGUCCGUCUUCUCCUGGGUGAGGCCAACGGGCGGCGCCACAGGUUUCCCGCGGCUUCACUUCGUGCCCAAGCUCAAGGCGUAUCUCGAAUCGGUAGCGGCCAGCCAGCCCAAGGCGACUGAUGGCCAGCCACGUCCGCUCAUGGAGGUGUUCUGCGAAGACCUGGUCGUACAGCAAGGUGUACUCCUGCUGCCCGGCUCGUGCUACGACGAGUCCUACGCUGACCACUUCCGGCUGGGCUUUGGCCGCGCCGACAUGAGCGCCUCCCUCGACAAGCUGCGCGCCUACCUGCACACCGUCCUCGACCAACAAGAAUAA